AUGGAAGUGGAGCUGCUGGAGGGGGAGACGGAGCUGAGCGAGGAAAUGCGGCUAGCCGGCGCGACAGUGUGCAUGCGCGGGGCAGUCGAAACGACUCGGGGUACUGGCGCGUCCGGUCCUUCCGCAUCGAGUGUCAUGCGUCGGCGCGGUAGUCGUGAACGACUCGCGGUUUGCAUCUCAACUGGUGCGGCGUGGCGGCAGCUCGUACUGGAGAGUAUGUGGGAGUUGACGGUAGGGGCGAUGGCGGCCGACGACUCUUCCGCUGCAGUCGUGAUGCCCUCUUCUGCGCAUGCCUCAGUAACUCGCAGUUGUACAGUGGCCCAACAGCAGCAACAGCAACGGCCAGUAAAGGCGCACUCUUCAGCCCUUCACCCACCUACGAGGAUGUCCGCUGGAGGCACGUUUGGGACGUCGCCCAUACGCGUGCUUACUUCAGCGUCGUCUUUGCUUGCCACAACCGGCACGGCUGACUUAACGGGGUGCGCUAUAGUCGAAGACACUGGCGGGGGCAGCGGCGCCGCAUCGCUGCUUAAUCUUUCAGCCCAUCCCACCCUCAACCGCACGCCCCGCACCAUCCGCGAGGCUACGCUGCUCCCUACGCGGCAGAGCACGACAGUCUUCCGCUUCCGUGUGGUGCAGCAAGCAGAGGGCCUUGGUGGCCUUUUUGUGCAAGACAGCAUGCGGGUUGUGUUGCAUCUUGCCCAGCACUACAUCCAGGCACCUACCUCGAGUAGCACAUCUUCUCAGGCCAGCUCGAAUCUGAUCCGUGCCGCAAAGAAGAGGCGGGGCUGUGAUGGUCUACUGCAUCGCAGUUUACCAGGAAAAGCUCCCCAAUCGCGCUCACGCUCGACAUCGCCGCCGCUGCCGCUGGGGCUGAGCGCCUCCGUGGCCACGUCAUCUCCAAGCGCCAUCUUCGGAACGGCGCCGCGCUUUGUGGAUACGAAUGCGUGGCGAGCAAAGGAGCGCAACCCCUUCAUCCCCGUCACGAAGCCGGCAGAGGUGCGGCAGGCGGAGCUGAAGCGCCGGCAGUGGGGGGUGAAGGAGUUGCAGCGGGAGGAUGUGGUCCUGUUUCUAGUUCACUACUCCCAUCUAAUGACGGAGCUGCCGGACGCGAUUGCCGCCGUCGAGGAUCACCUCUACUAUCUGCGUCGGCAGCUGCAGCUGUGCCCAACGCGCGAGGUGCGACGGCGGUGCGAGCUCAAUGACCUGUACAUGAACGUGUACCCUACAAUGCACUUGUUUCUGCGCUACAUCGAUCAGCAGGCACGGCGGUCGCGCAGUGUGCUGCAGCUGCUCUCCACUUACAAUGGUGGCACCAUACACUCCGGGAACAUUGUGGAUGUGUAUGACGCGGUAGGGCGAUGUACUGGGCUAUCGGCCACCGAAUAG